GCAAAAAAACGUGUUGCCUUGGAAACGUAACACACGCAGGCGCAGUAGCGUACAGGUGUUGUUACGCCUCCAUGGCAACAGCUGUUGCCUGUAGAAAGCGCGUUUAGUUUCUUUUUGCAUUUUAAAUUACAUUUUCUCAGUUAUCUGGCUGGUUUUGCCGUGGUUUUGAAAUGGCUCACGUCCGGACCUAUAAUCCGCGCGUCCGUGUGGGCAACUGGAAAGAAGACGUGACAUUAGAAGAGGAAACGCUCAAGAACUUCAUCCUGCAAAAAGACAGAGGCGAACUCACUGUUCAGAAAGAAGGAGACCUGAGGCAAAACAUCCUAAAACCAUUGAGUUUAUCAGUGUCGCAGGAUGGUUUUUUGCACUUUGGAGACACGGUGAUGCUGGUGAACCCUGGGAGUGAAGAUCACGAGCGGCGCGGUUCCUGUGUCCUCAGCAUCAUUGCCGACAGCAGAAAUAUCACAACACAGUCUGACACGAAUCCGGUCCCCCGCCUUUUCGGGCCCCUCCAAGUAGGCGGAGCCCACAGCAUGACCCCUUGUGUUAGAAACUCCUUUAUCAUUACAAGUGUUGAUGGGACCUCAGAUGGAGAGGUGCUCAGAUACGACCAAAGCUUUGCCCUGAGAACGACCGCAGGCUUUGCCGGAGAGCUGUUCCUCGCCAGCGAUCACAAAACAUUUCUGAAGUGUGCCAAGAAGUCUCGGCUGCAGGAGCUGAGCCUGGCAGAGGCGUUUGAUUUCCUGUGCUGGUGGAAGGUGAUUUACUUUGACCCCCAGGAAAGGCUUGAAAACGAAGGAUACCCCGUUCAGGUGAACAGCAAGGUUUUGAUUUCCCACUGCAAGACCAAUCAAUGCCUCGCUGCUUUAGGCAGUCACGUCCUAUGGACUCCUUUUGGUAAAGAGUAUGAACUCUCUGCUCACACCUUCCUGGACUCUCAUAAAGCUGAGCGGGACAAUAACCACUGGCUGUUUUUCGUGGCUUAUUCUGCCAAUCAAAACCAGAGCGAGAUGCAACUCCAACAAGACUCAGACAUAACAGAUGAGCAGAGAGACAACCAAGAGGACACGCAAGUAAAAGAGUGCAGUUAGGAGAAAAACUGAUAAUAAAAAUGACAUCAAAUAAUA